UAGCCAUGAGCUGAAUAUUGAAUAAUAAUGAUGAUAAGGAGGAUGGGUGUGGCAGUUAGAUCUAUUUAUACGCGUGGGAGAAACAAGAGCUCAGGCCUCUAUACAGUCUCUCCUUAGACCAGGAUUAUGGCUCCCAGGCAUUAGGACGCCUCACCAGUACAGUGAAGUAUGGGAAGUGGAGGAGCCUCCUCAGCAGGCCUUUGAUGAGAUAUUGAAGAGCAUCAGGUCUGUCAUUGAUAAGGACAAGGAGAUGAUGGAACUCAAGGAAGCAGAUGAAGAAAGACUCUUUAUACAGCUGUUCAGCUUUACUAGGAGAUGCAACUGGCUGGAUGUGAUUGAGAUACAAAUUGAUGCAAGUCUUAUGCAAUCAGAGACAACUGUAUCAGUGAAAGGUUUCUCUACUGGCAUAUUUCCUGUUUCUUUGCCACUUAGCUUUUUGUGGAGUGCCCUAUUCUGCUGGAUACCAUUCAAAGAUGUAGGAAUAAACCAGAAACGUGUUACUGCCAUUCGUCAAGCUAUGAAUAUCAACUGUACUGUUGCAUCUAAAGGAAGAACAUGCUGAGUGAAGAGCUGAAGCAUUAAAAAUACUUUUAUUGAUAUUAUCAAGAGUAGAUGAUUUUGCACAACAAAAGUAUUAUUAUGUGCUAAAGCAUUGACAUGUAUCAUGUGUGACAGUUAUAAAAGUAAUAGUUAUCAAUGUUAAUAAACAUAGUUUUAUUUUGCUAGCCUCGCCCACAACUUAAAUUUAAUAUAGAAUUUUAGUUUUGUUAUGCUGUGAUUUUCAGUCUCUCUCAUCGAGUUGUAGUUCGGUAUCUUAUUGUCCCUCAUCCAGAAGGAGAUAUGGCUGAAUCAACCGAGCCUAAAGAAACCGACAAGCUAGUGGAUCACGAAGAGCCCCCGGCUAUCAAGACCGUCAAGAGAGAUGGGACAAGGGUCUUCAAAAAGACCUCUCCCAACACCAAGAUAACUGUAUAUGUAGGCAAAAGGGACUUUGUUGAUCAUGUAACAGAAGUUGACCCAUUGGAUGGUGUUAUACUCAUUGAUCCGGAAUAUUUUAAAAAGGAAGCGAAGAAGGAUAGGAAAGUAUUUGCACAAAUACUCGUUGGGUUUCGUUAUGGCCGUGAUGAUCUUGAUGUCCUUGGGCUCAACUAUAGAAGGGAUUUGCUUGACGAAAGAAUUCAAGUCUAUCCUCCUCCUGAUCCAUCAAAGCCUCAGAUCCUAACUCUCCUACAAGUUAGACUUCUUAAGAAAUUGGGAAGGAAUGCUUAUCCCUUUACCUUUAGUCUUAAACCUGGUUUGCCGUCAUCAGUUUCUCUGCAACCUUCACCAAAUGCCAGUUCCCAGGAAGGAGAAAAGCCUUGUGGAGUGGACUUCAUCCUGCGCUGUUAUGUUGCCAAAAAUAAAGAGGAUAAAAUUGAGAAAAGAAAUUCCGUGCGUCUCUCUGUCAAGAAGAUUACACAUGCAUCGGAUGAACACACUCAAAGGCCUAGCAUAGAGCUCACUAAACAGUAUCUUCUCAGUUCCCACCCAUUGACUGUUGAGGCUAACCUCGACAAAGGAACUUACUACCAUGGUGAGCCAAUACGUGUUAAUGUGUCCAUUACUAACAGAUCCUCUAAAACUAUCAGAAAGAUAAGAGUCUCUGUUCGCCAGUUUGCUGCCAUUUGUUUGUUUGCUAAUUCUGAGUACAAGUGCACUGUUGCUGAACUAGAAUCAUCUGAAGGAUUGCCUAUUGGAACAGGUGGUUCUCUUCAGAAGAGUUAUGAAAUUACUCCAUUGCUGAAGGACAACAGGAACAAGAAAGGACUAGCCCUUGAUGGCCAAAUUAAACAUGAAGACACUUGUCUUGCCUCAUCAACAAUACUGCCAUCAGGGGUUGAGGACAGCAGGGAGCUCCGUGAGUCGUUUGGUAUUGUUGUUCAUUACAGUGUAAAGGUUCGGUGUAUUGUUAAUCUUGGAUCUGAUCUGACGCUGGAGCUCCCGUUCACUUUGACACACCCUAAACCAAAGGAGCGAGUCAUUUCUCAGGUCAUCACUCUUCCUCCUCGCUCAUCUCUCUCCUCCAUCACUGAUCCCAAAGAUGACAAGAGCAAAGCUCCACCUGAGGCUAAGCCUGAGGGUAUUCCAGCAGACGAUACUGUCUCAGUCCAUGACGUUAUUGAUCACAAUCUCAUUACAUUUGAUACUGAUGAUGCUACAAAUGAUCAGGAUGACUUUGUAUUUGAGGAGUUUGUUCGUUUGCGAGUUACUGGAAUGGAUGACAAUAAUGAAACAGAGGCUUAAGGUGCCUGCUUUUUCUCUCGUACCUACAAAUAUAUCAUUUAUUUUGUAUUUUUUAUCAUGAUGGUCUAGACAAAAAUUAUAAUGCUAAUAAUGUGUGUGUAUUUUACAUUAAUUUUAGAUCUUCUUUUACAUAAUUCUUUAUUAAUAAUUUCAUUU